GUUCGUCCUCUUUGCUUCAAUGCCAUCAGAGAGGAGAGGCAUAAUUAAGAGCUGUUGCAGAUAACAGUGCCUGUCUGUUUGCUUGUUUUACUACACAGGCACUACAAUUAAAUCCCCAUCAGUUAAAUACUAGCUUUGUGUGGACAAUUCUUUUAUUUAACAUCCAUAAAACACAACGCAGAGGAACAACCGCUACAAAACUGGUGCCGUGACCCGCCGACUGGUUGAUCGUUGUCGACCGCUGGGAUUGCUGACGUGGUGUGUGACUACCGAUGAGGGGGGCUGGAGGUGCUUCUGUCAUUUGUUGCUGUUUCUUCGGUGGAGUUCGGACGUCUGACGGAUUGAACUGUGUCUAGGAGGAGACUGCUGACGUGGAUCGAGUGAGCAGCGUGCUGGAUCAUCGAGGUGUGUCGCCGCCUAACUUGUUUUGACUGAACUGUAAAUGAAGUAUUCUGAUGCGUGAGCGAAAUGGCUGCUAAACAAAGUGAUUUGGGGUGGGACAACACGUUUACAGCUGGUAGGGGGCGGGGCAGUCUUUUGAAUACGCCUGACAGAGCAAAGCUGUUUGAAGAUCCUGAGUACUGUAGUACAGGUCGGGGUAGAGGAAUUGGUCUUUCCCCCGAUGACAGAGUUCAAAUGUGCGGUAGUCCAAUCGCUGCAGCCAGUAACUAUGAAUUCGCUCCUCAAGAGUCAGAAAUGUCUGGUCAAAUGAGUAACCUCAUAAGACAAAUUGGUAUUGAGAUUGGGCAAUCAAUUAGAGAGAGUAUGAUGAGGCCUGACUUUUCUAACCAUCCAUCUGCUAGAAAGUUACAGGAAGGUGUCAGUGGUCAUGUGACUGACCCCUCUAAUACUACUGUCAUUGACGCGUCAAAAAUGAACUUGAUCCUGAGAGCUGAGGUGUCCGCACCACCACACUUUCGAGGAGAUAGUUCAGACAAAUACUCAGUCCUGGAAUGGGAAGACACGAUGAGGGUAUAUUUGAACAAACUUGAUGUGACAGAGUCUGAAAUGGUUGAUGAGAUAAUGAACAGAGUUAUGGGGCGGGCCAGAGAUGUAAUGAGAGUAUGGCUGUGCAAUGGUUCUACAACUCCAACUGUUGAUUCUGUAUUUUCUGUUUUGAAGCAGCACUUCGGGGACCAGAGCAGUUCAGGUAUUCCUUUAGCUGACUUCUAUUCUGUGAGACCAUAUCCCAGGGAGAGCGCUUGGGAUUUUUGGAUAAGACUAAACAAGGCAGCAGAUGUUGCAGAGCAAAGUUUAAGAUGGGAAGGGAGUUCCCUGGAUAACAGGAGCAAAGAGGUGGCCGUUAUGUUCAUUCGUAACUGCCCUGACAAAGAGUUAGCUUUCGUUUUCAAGAGUAAGCCUGUACAGUCAUGGAAUGCAUCUGAGGUGCAGGAGCAGCUUGACGAGUUGUUAAGGGAACGCAAGUUGACGAAUCACACUGUCAAACAAUUCACCACGGUUGUCUCAGAGCCAGACGUUGAUGUGCCUGUCUCAUCGUCUAAGUCUGAACAGGGUGGGGGCGUAGCUGACGAGAAUGCAUUGGACAAAGUCCUGUCUUUGCUUGAAAAAACGUAAGUGUGCAACACUCAGUCUGUACGAGGCCCCUGGCCUAAACGAAUGGGCAAUAAGAUUCGAGAGUGCAGAGUGUGUCAAAGCGGUGAGCACAGCACGACUGCUCAUUGUAAAAUGUACAAUUUGUGUUUCAAGUGUUUUGCGGCUGGACAUGCGAGCUACAACUGCGACAG